AUGCCUUCUGCUGAAUCUGCAGCAAUGCUGGUGCCCAGCGCCAGCUCGCAGAAAUGGUGGAAAGAGGCCGUCGUCUAUCAGGUAUACCCGGCCAGCUUCAUGGACUCCAACGGCGACGGACUAGGAGAUAUCCGUGGCAUCGCUUCCAAGCUCGACUAUAUCAAAUCGCUUGGUGCGACCACAAUAUGGGUCUGCCCGCAUUAUGACAGUCCUCAAAUCGACUUGGGUUAUGACAUUUCCGACUAUGAGUCGGUUUUCCCACCCUAUGGCACGCUGCAGGAUAUGCAGGACCUCAUAGACGGGUGCCAUUCCCGGGGGCUCAAGAUCAUUGUCGACCUCGUCAUCAACCAUACUUCAGAUCUACACAAGUGGUUCCAGGAGUCUAGAUCGUCCAAGACAAACCCAAAGCGCGACUGGUACAUCUGGCGCCCCGCCAAGUAUGAUGCCGACGGCAAACGUCAGCCUCCCAACAAUUGGCGUUCAAAUUUUAGCACCAGCGCGUGGACCUGGGACGAAGCCACGCAAGAAUACUAUCUGCAUCUCUUCUGUCCAGAGCAGCCCGACUUGAAUUGGGAGAACCCAAAUACCCGUAAGGCCAUAUACUCCUCCGCCAUAGAGUUCUGGCUCAAGCGCGGUGUCGAUGGCUUCCGCGUUGAUACCGUCAACAUGUACAGCAAACCGCAAGGUCUCCCCGACGCACCAGUCAUCAACCCAAAGGCAGAGCACCAGGUGGCUUCCACCUUGUACUGCAACGGACCGCGGAUGACCGAGUAUCUCUCUGAGAUGAACGCCAUCAUGGCGCCAUACGAUACCAUGACGGUCGGAGAGUGCCCGUGCACACCAGACCGCUCGCGUGUCCUGCAAUACGUAUCAGCCGCCGCCAAGCAGCUGGACAUGGUCUUUCAAUUCGACGUUGUAGACGUGGGCCAAGGAACAGAAGCCAAAUAUGACACGACGCCGUUCAACUGGAAGCUUCCCGACCUCAAGCGGGCCAUCAACAAUAGUCAAAGCCUCAUUGUCGGCACCGAUGCCUGGACCACAUCGUUCAUGGAGAACCACGACCAGGCGCGGUCCGUCAGCCGCUUCGCAUCCGACGCCCCCGAGUUCCGCGUCGCCUCGGGCAAGAUGCUCGCCCUGCUCAACACGACACUAUCCGGCACGCUGUUCGUGUACCAGGGGCAGGAGAUUGGCAUGGUCAACAUGCCCAAGGACUGGCCGAUUGAGGAGUACAAGGACGUCGAGUCGGGCAACUUUUACCGCUACGUGGCCGAGGCCACCAACAAUGACCCCAAGGCCCUGGCCAGGGCCAAGACGGCCAUUCAGCACCUGUCGCGCGACCACGCCCGCUACCCCAUGGCCUGGGACGCCUCCCCCCAGGGCGGCUUCUCGACCAACCCGGCCACGUGGAUGCGCGUGCACGAUCUCGCAGGCGAGAUCAAUGUCGCGGCGCAGCAGGACGACGAGCACAGUGUUUUGGGCUUUUGGCGGCAGAUGCUGCGGACCCGUCAGGACCUCGCGCGGCUGUUGGUGUAUGGGUACUAUGAGAUUAUCGACGAGGAGAACGAAAAGGUGUUUUCGUAUUGGAAGACCAAUGGUGGCGACAAGGCCUUGGUCGUGCUCAAUUUCACGUCGGAGGAGCAUGUGUUGAGUCUGCCGGACACGGUGACCGCGGAUCAACUCAAGCUGGUCGUGUCGACGUAUGGGACACCGCAGAGUGCUGUCACGACAUUGAAACCAUACGAAGGCCGCCUUUAUGUAUUGGAUCAAUCGGUCUAG